CCUCAGGGAACACUUCUGGGGCGGAGCGGAACUGCGCAGCGCCAAAAUGGCGGCGGCCGUGGUGGGAGUCUCCUUGAGGCGCGGCGUCCCCGCGCGGCUCCUGAGGGCUGGGCCGCGGCCGAUCUGUCGAGGAGCUCAGACGGCAGCUGCAGCUACGUCACGUAUCAAGAAGUUCUCCAUCUACAGAUGGGAUCCCGAUAAGCCUGGGGACAAACCCCGUAUGCAGACGUAUGAAGUGGAUUUGAAUAAAUGUGGGCCUAUGGUACUUGAUGCUCUGAUUAAGAUUAAAAACGAGUUGGACUCUACUCUGACCUUCCGCAGGUCAUGCAGGGAAGGCAUCUGUGGCUCCUGUGCGAUGAAUAUUGCUGGUGGAAACACCCUGGCCUGUACUAAAAAAAUUGACCCUGAUCUCAGCAAGAUCACUAAAAUCUACCCUCUCCCCCACAUGUAUGUGGUGAAGGAUCUUGUUCCAGACUUGAGUAACUUCUACGCACAGUACAAAUCCAUCGAGCCUUACCUGAAGAAGAAGGAUGAGUCGAAGCAGGGCAAGGAGCAGUACCUGCAAUCCAUAGAAGAUCGUCAGAAACUGGACGGACUCUACGAGUGCAUCCUCUGUGCCUGCUGCAGCACCAGCUGUCCCAGUUACUGGUGGAAUGGGGACAAGUACUUGGGUCCUGCUGUACUCAUGCAGGCCUAUCGCUGGAUGAUUGACUCCAGAGAUGACUAUACAGAGGAACGGCUGGCACAACUUCAAGACCCGUUUUCUCUCUACCGUUGUCACACUAUCAUGAACUGCACGAGGACUUGCCCGAAGGGUCUGAACCCCGGCAAAGCCAUCGCUGAGAUCAAGAAGAUGAUGGCGACGUACAAAGAGAAGGCGGCCGCUGCGUAACGCUGUGACGCUGUAACGUUGUGACGCUGCUCCUGACGGACACAGCCGCGCUGCACCGCGAUGUAACCUGGAUCCAGCAGGAACGUUGGUGGUUUUUCCAUGUGCUUGUGCGUACAAUAAACAAUCGCUGUAAGGAA